CCAACGAAAGAACAAGAGACUCUCACAACUUCUUACUUGGCUACUACCCAAGAAGAGUGUUUCUCAGUGUGUGGCAGAGCGCGCGGUAUCCGUGUUCGGAUAGAUGGGUGAAGAACUGAAGCUGUUGGGUGCGUGGGCGAGCCCGUUCGGCCGGCGAGUCGAGAUAGCUCUUAAGCUCAAGGGGGUCGAAUAUGAGUAUUCGGAGGAGGACAUAUUCCACAACAAGAGCGCUUCGCUUCUCAAGUACAACCCCGUGCACAAGAAGGUGCCCGUGCUCGUCCAUAAUGGCAAACCCAUCGUAGAGUCUCAGGUGAUUCUCGAGUACAUCGACGAGACAUGGAAGGACAACCCGAUCUUGCCACGAGAUCCCUACGAGAGAGCGAUGGCCCGUUUCUGGGCUAAGUUCUUCGAUGAAAAGUGCCUUCCAGCUUUCUGGAAAUCUUGCAUGAGCUCAGAGCCUGAAAGGGAAAAGGCACAUGAGGAAGCACGUGAGCUCUUGAGCACUCUCGAAGACGAGCUCAAGGGCAAGAAGUUCUUUGGAGGCGAGACCAUUGGGUUCGUCGACAUCGUGGCCAACUUUGUCGGGCACUGGGUUGGAGUCAUGCAAGAAGCGGUCGGGGUUGACAUCCUGACCGAGGACAAGUUCCCCGUACUGUGCAAGUGGGCCGAAGAGUUUAAGAACUGCCCGGUCAUUAAGGAGAAUCUGCCUCCUAGAGACAGGCUCUUGGCCUUCUUCAAGGCUCAAUCCGAGAUGUUAGCUAACUUUUAUAAAAAUAGAACGUGGUAAGAAUGUAACUGUUGCAUAUGUUUAUUUUGUCCCUGAACUUUUUUGGUAUUUGCUAAGGAUUGGGUAACUUUCCGAGAAAGGCCACGAAGCUAAUAUUGAAACAAUAAAUGGUGUUUGUAUCGUGGCUUUUUGGUUGUAAUAAAGCUGAUUUAAGCGUCAUUUUGCUGUGA